CGCCGGGCUCCGCGGUCGGCGGGACUUCCGUGUUGGCGGGAUUCUGAACGCUGCCAUGGCUCAGACCGUGCAGAACGUUACACUGUCCCUCACUCUGCCCAUCACGUGCCACAUUUGCUUGGGGAAGGUACGCCAGCCUGUCAUAUGCAUCAACAACCAUGUAUUUUGUUCAAUUUGUAUCGAUUUGUGGUUGAAGAAUAAUAGCCAGUGUCCAGCUUGCAGAGUCCCCAUCACUCCUGAAAAUCCUUGCAAAGAGAUUAUCGGAGGGACAAGUGAAAGUGAACCUAUGCUAAGCCAUACAGUCCGGAAGCACCUUCGGAAAACUAGACUUGAGUUACUCCACAAAGAAUAUGAGGAUGAAAUAGAUUGUCUGCAGAAAGAGGUAGAAGAGCUUAAGAAUAAAAAUCUCAGCUUGGAGUCACAGAUCAAGACUAUUCUAGAUCCUUUAACCUUGAUGCAGGGCAAUCAAAAUGAAGAUAAACAUUCAGUUGCAGAUAAUUCAAGUAAAAUUGACCCAGAAACUGUAGCAGAGUGGAAGAAAAAACUUAGAACAGCUAAUGAAAUCUAUGAAAAAGUGAAAGAUGAUGUGGAUAAGUUAAAGGAGGCAAAUAAAAAACUAAAAUUGGAAAAUGGUGGCCUAGUGAGGGAGAAUUUACGACUGAAGGCUGAAGUUGAUAACAGAUCACCACAGAAGUUUGGAAGGUUUACAGUAGCUGCUCUUCAAUCCAAAGUAGAACAGUAUGAACGUGAAACCAAUCGCCUCAAGAAAGCCCUGGAACGAAGUGAUAAGUAUAUAGAGGAACUAGAAUCUCAAGUUGCACAGCUAAAAAAUUCAAGUGAAGAGAAGGAGGCUAUGAAUUCCAUUUGCCAGAGAGCACUUUCUACAGAUGGCAAGGGGUGCAAAGGCAGUGAGGAGGAUAUGGCAUCAACGAAUCAAGGUGAUGGUGCCAGAAAGCAGCUUGGCUCUUCGACCCCAAGUUCUCACCUGACACAGCCUUCUAACAGUUCUGCUCGUCAGGAAAGCACCAGCAAAACAGAACUAAAUUGUUCCAAGAACAAAGACGUAUAUCAAAAACAGGUGGAAAUAAUGUUAGGUGUAACUGAUGCCAGUAUGGAUACUUAUUUGGAAAGAGAAUGGGGUAAUAAGCCAAGUGAUAGUACUUCCUACAAAGAUGAACUUUAUGAUCUUCCAGCUCCUUGCACUCCUUUGUCCCUUAGUUGCCUUCAGCUCAGUACUCCAGAAAAUAGAGAGAGUUCUAUGGCCAAAGCAGGAAGUUCCAAAAAGCACUCAAACCAUCUCAGAAAAUUGGUGUUUGAUGAUUUUUGUAAUUCUACAAAUGUUUGUAAUAAAGAUUCUUCAGAAGAUGAUAAAAGUGAAAAUGAAAAGAAAUCAGAAUGUUUUACUUCCCCAAAGACUGGGUUUUGGGAUUGUUGUUCCACAAGCUAUGCCCAAAGCUUGGAUUUUGAAAGCGCAGAGGGGAACACGAUAGCAAAUUCUGUGGGAGAGAUUUCUUCAAAACUGAGUGAGAAAUCAGGCUCAUGUUUAUCUAAGAGGUUGAAUUCUAUUCGCUCUUUUGAAAUGAAUCGGACAAGAACAUCCAGCGAAGCCUCAAUGGACGCAGCUUACCUUGACAAAAUCUCUGAGCUGGAUUCAAUGAUGUCUGAGUCAGACAACAGUAAGAGCCCUUGUAAUAACGGUUUUAAGUCAGUGGAUUUGGAUGGGUUAUCAAAGUCGUCUCAAGGGAGUGAAUUUCUUGAGGAACCAGAUAAAUUGGAAGAAAGAACUAAGCCAAACCUUUCCAAAGGUUCUCUAACUUCUGAUCAGUUAGAAAAUGGAAAUGAAUGGAAACCGUCUUCUUUUUUCCUCCUCUCUCCAUCUGACCAAGAAAUGAGUGAAGAAUUUUCACUCCAUCCCAGUUCUAACUCAGGAACUAAUGAACUCAAACCCCCAAGCUGUUUAUUUCAGACGGAGUUUUCCGAAGGUGUUUUGUUAAGCAGUUCACAUAGGCUGUUUGAAGAUCAAAGGUUUGGGUCAUCUUUGUUUAAGAUGUCCUCAGAGAUGCAUGGUCUUCCUAACCACCUUCAGUCUCCUUGGUCUACUUCUUUUGUGCCUGAAAAAAAGAAUAAAAAUGUGAAUCAAUCAACAAAAAGAAAAAUCCAGAGCAGCCUUUCCAAUGCUAGCCCAUCAAAAGCAACUAAAAGUUGACUCAUUAGGAAGGUGCCAUUUAUGUUUUUGUCCAGAGAGGAAUACAAGUUUUUAAAGUUACCUUUUUCCCCCUCAUAAAAGUUCUGUACAAUUUUGAAUUGGUAAUCUUUAGUCAACUGUCAAGUCAGAAUGGUAGAUUAGCCUAUACCCAGAGUACUUUCGUUCAUUUUGAAGAGUUUCUUCAUUUUCAAAUGGGAAUAUUUUUUGACCAGAAGGUAGGCAGAGGUUUCUUUUAAAUGAAUAUUAUAUGUAUCUGGUUUGGGUAUAUUUCAGCCAUGGGCAAACUACGGCCCGCGGGCCGGAUCUGGCCCGUUUGAAAUGAAUAAAACUAUUGAAAAAAAAGACCGUACCCUUUUAUGUAAUGAUGUUUACUUUGAAUUUAUAUUAGUUCACACAAACACUCCAUCCAUGCUUUUGUUCCGGCCCUCCGGUCCAGUUUAAGAACCCAUUGUGGCCCUCGAGUCAAAAAGUUUGCCCACCCCUGCUAUAUUUUGUUUUGAAUCUUGAUUUAACUAUUAGAUACAAUGGCCUAUUAAUGAGCCUCAGUUAUCUUCAGAACUAGGAUUUCUUAAAUAAAACUGUAAGUGUUCUCUACACACUGCUCAUGACACUUGAGUUUCUUUAAAAGAUUUUCCUAGGGUGGACAUUAUUUUGCCCCCUUUUAUUUAUGUCUAGUAGUGGCCUUUUAUGCAAGGCCAUCAUGGAGAAAUAGCACUCUAACCUUAGACCAAUAUUAAAUUACUUUUUUUUUCGA